AAAUAAAUAGAUCUCCUCGACUGUGUCAAACCUGGCGAAAUAUUCUGCUCCAAAGUGGAGAAAUAAGAUCUAUGCCUACCAAACAACAGUGACCGGCUUCCUCGACUGUGUCAAACCUGGCGAAAUAUUUUUGUCAAACAGUCAAACCUCGGGAAGACAUUAAUUAAAGCAUGGAAGAAAAACAUUUUCAUUCAAUUCUGUAAAUCCCAUCAAUCUCUUCCUCCACCUAUAAUCUGUUCCUUCAGUUAAUUCCCAACCUAAUUUGUUCCAUGAAGAGAAAAGCAUUUUCGCUCUCUCCUUUUUCAUCAGCGGUUCAAAUAUCUGAAUGUGUUCCUUCAUCUUGUUCUAAAAAUCUGAAAAAGCCGAAGAUACUGGACGAGGUUAAUUCAAUGGCUGCAAAGGCAAGUGAUUCAAACUGGCCACCACUACUCGACGAGAAGAUGCUGGAGGUGUUCAUAGCUGCCCAUCUCAGAGCAAUGAGAUCAGGCCCCCAUCUAAACAGCCACAGUUUAGAGUUCUGGAACAAAGCUGAAACUGAGGUUAACCGCAUCAUCACAGAAAACUUUCCCCAGUUGCUUCCAAAAGAUGUUGAAUCUUUGCGGAAGAGACUGAAAUACUUAAGGUGCAACCCUAAGAAUCAGUCUAAUGAUAAGAUUGUGUUAUUGGUCCGCGAUCUGUUUACCAUCCAUGAUAUGAUAAUCCCCAACAAACUUCCAGGUUACCCGGAAUACAAUUAUAGUUUUGGUAGUGGCCAGUCUUCAGGAGGAGGACCUAGUAGAUCUUCAGGAAGAGGAGGACCUAUUCGUAGAAAUAGCUCGAGCACAGAUCCAUCUUCCUCGCUGCCCCCGGUCAAUGAAUUGGAUGAUCAGCAUGAUGUCGGGGCUUGCUUGUAA